AUGCCCAUUCAUCAGAGCAUCGACAAGGUCCUUGCCACUGAGGAUGUAUUCGAUCUUUCCAUCGUCAUCUGCGAUCGCUUCUGCUCCGAGCCGAGUACGAACGACUUGCUUCCCACGACAGUGGCGAAGGAAUUCUGGACGACAGUAACAAAAGAACGACUGAAGAAUUGA